GCCGUGACGAGAAUCAAACGAGGUUAAGGCCGGAGAAAGAGACAAUUCUACUCCGGCCUGAUCCUCUGGUUAAGUCCGCGCUACAUCAGAAACCCAUCUAGUCCUUCGACAUGGCUGCCGAGCUAAGAGUCCCCAAUGGGCUGGAAAGCGACCACGGCAUGACUCUCACAGUCCUAGGAUGCGGGAGCCUAGGCAUUGCAAUCCUCUCCGGAAUCCUCUCCUCUCUAACCGAAGCAUCAAACCUCCCUUCCCCAGCAUACCCCGACUCAGGAACCGCGACACCCACCACCGAUGCCUCUCCUACCCGCACACCAAGUACCUUUAUCGCCUGCGUCCGCCGCCCGAGUCUGCCAAGCGCAUCAAGCUUGCUGUCCAGGACUACCGGCCCAAAGUGACUGUUUUACAAAAUGAGAACGUCAAGGGCGAUGCGGCUGCUGACGUGGUCAUUCUCGGUUGUAAACCGUACAUAGUGUCCGACGUUCUGCGCAAGGAAGGAAUAAAGGACGCACUCGCCGGCAAACUGCUUAUUUCGAUCUGCGCAGGAGUCCCGGUUGAACAGAUGGGUAGGGCACUGUACGGCGAGUCAUACCCUGCGAACAUACCGCAGGAUGCAUGCCGACUCAUCCGAGUAAUGCCCAAUACCGCAGCCCUCGUGCGCGAGAGAAUGACCGUGAUUGCGACCAGCUCCCCACCCCUACCUAGUGACUUGUCGGCGGUGAUAGAGUGGAUAUUCACGCGGAUAGGCCGUGUCGUACACCUGCCGCCGAGCAUGAUGGACAUCUCAACGGCCCUGUGCGGUUCGGGUUCAGCCUUCCUCGCGCUGAUGAUGGAGAGUCUCGCUGAUGGGGCUGUUGCCAUGGGUCUCCCAAGGGCCGAGGCGCAACUGAUGGUCGCCUAGACAAUGCGUGGGACGGCGGGAAUGGUUCUGGCCGGUGAGCAUCCGGCCCUGGUAAGAGAGAAGGUUAGUACGCUCGGUGGGUGUACAAUUGGGGGUUUACUGGUGCUGGAGGAAAGAAGGGUCAGAGGGACCGUUGCGAGAAGCGUAAGGGAGGCGACCGUCGUUGCGGCGCAAUUAGGAGGGUGUUAGUGGUGUUAAUGGCACGAGGUUCGAGAGACAAUAGAGAUGCCGCCUCGGAAUCGAUGACAUAUGGUGAGUAUCGAGAACCCAGAAGCAGAAAAGGUUCGGCAGACGGCGAGACUCCAUCCGUUCCGAAUACAACAGCAUCGGACCCGGCCUGUGCCUGUCCACAGUGCUUCGGCGUUGAAAUGGUCAGGCAAUUGACUCAGCGUCAAAGGGAAAAGGCAUUGCGGCUUCUCCGAGAUUGCUCUGAAGCCACCGAAACAGUCGGGUCAAUGUCAAGAUGGCUCUGUGAUGACAGUUCAUGAUUUGCUCCCUCGCUAUUCAUGACCAUAGCGUUCGUUGGAGAGAAAAAUCAAGUUGAAUUGUACAUUCAGAAGCAUUCCCAACUGUCCCCACAUGUUUAUAUAGUUACACCAUUCCUCCCAGAGCUUUUUAGGCAGGCAGCAUGAGGAUUGUCUAAGGAUGGCUGACCAGCUCCCUCAGAUGCAGGACGACAUCUAUUUGGUCUUUCUUCCACCUGCCCGGCC